GUGAGACUAAGCAAAGUUUUUUAGGGCUGAGUCGGAGUCGUAGCCGAGUGCACAUCAAUCUCUUAUUUCUUUUCUCGGUCGUAUAGUCUUUCCCUCUUCGUUUCUCUUGUCUCCCAGUCCGGGCGCAGCCUGGCUCUCAUCCUUUAAGGGCUAAAUCUGACAAGGUAUCGGGAUCAGAACAGAAAAGGAUUACCUGUGCUGGAUGCGGAAAAAAGUUUCAAAAGGGGUGAAAUAAAGGAAUACCCUUUGUGUUUUUGUUGGCUACCAGCAGCUGAAAGAUUCCUUCAAAACUUACCUACCUACCUACACGGCUCAGCCUGCAUCCGAUAAGAGAUCUGGUCUGACAAAUACGAAAGAGGGAGGGGGUGUGGAGAAAAAGAAGACGGGGAAGAAAAGGAGACAGACUUAAGAGUAAGUGGGAGGAAUAAGGUCAGUAAAGUCAAACCAGGAAUAUUGACGUAUCACAUUGAGACGGGCCAGAGGGAAGAGGCGCUUUUCAAAGGUUGAGAAAAGAGAGGGCUUGUCACACAAGACACGCUCCUUAAACCAAAAAUCAGCAGACCGUAACGGGAAGGCUGUGGAAAAGUGGGACGUAUUCCCGAACAGCAGUAAAGAAGCUCUGAAAAGAAGUAAAGAAGCAGCCCAGUCCUAGAAGAGAUCCCUGAGCUGUGGAUUGUGCUGUGCAAGGGGUGUGAGCCGACCGUCAGGAUGCGCUCCCCGUCUCUCCUGGCUCUGCUGUUCUUCAUCUACGCUGGACAAGCACAGAAGUUUUCUGCGCUUACGUUCCUUCGCGUGGACCAGGACAGAGAGUGCAACAUGGAGUGUUCCGGAGCAGCCCGGAAGCCUCUCUGUGCCUCAGAUGGACGUACUUUCAUGUCACGCUGCGAGUUCCUCCGUGCCAAAUGCCGUGACCCUCAGCUGGAGGUCAUCCGGGGACCCUGCAAAGAAACUUCCAGGUGUGUGGCCGAGAAGAAAUACACAGAACAGCAGGCGAAGAAAGUAUAUCCCCAAGUGUUUGUGCCAGUCUGCAAUCCCGACGGCACCUACAAUGAGGUACAGUGCCACAGCUACACAGGUUACUGCUGGUGCGUCACGCCCAAUGGCCGCCCCAUCAGUGGAUCAGCAGUAGCCAAUAAGAAGCCGCGGUGCCAAGGAUCGAAACAUGAGAAGGUGAACGCCAAGGAACCAGGGAAAGCAGUUUCCUUGCAAAUCUUUUCCAUUCUGAAUGCAGAUGAAUCCACCGGAAUUGUGGUGGAGCCACUGCCCCCUACUGAUGAGGAAGAUAUCAUCUCCCAGUAUCCUACACUCUGGACUGAACAGGUCCGGAGCCGGCAGAACAACAGGACCAGAACACAAGCUGCUUCUUGUGACCAGGAGCAGCAGUCAGCCCAGGAGGAGUCUCGGCAGCACAAGAAUGAGGCAGUGUUCAUCCCCGACUGCGCGCACGGUGGCCUGUACAAGGCAGUGCAGUGCCACCCCUCCACGGGCUAUUGCUGGUGCGUGCUGGUAGACACCGGCCGGCCCAUCCCCGGCACCUCCACUCGAUACGAGCAGCCGAAAUGUGACGGAAACGCCAGGGCCCAUCCGGCAAAGCCCAAGGACCACUUCAGAAGCAGGCACCUCCAAGGAUGCCCCGGAGAGAAGAAAACAGAGUUUCUCACCAGCGUCCUGGACGCCCUGUCGACCGACAUGGUGCACGCAGUUACCGACCCAGCUUCUGCGGCCAGGAUGCUGGAGCCCGACCCCAGCCACACACUGGAGGAGAGGGUUGUGCACUGGUAUUUCAGCCAGCUGGACAAGAAUUCCAGCGGUGACAUCGGCAAGAAGGAGAUCAAGCCCUUCAAGCGCUUCCUCCGCAAAAAGUCCAAGCCCAAGAAGUGCGUCAAGAAGUUCGUGGAGUACUGUGACAUCAGCAACGACAAAUCUCUCUCCCUGCAGGAACUGAUGGGAUGUCUGGGCGUUACGAAGGAGGACGGAGCAAAGGCAAGUGAAAGCACGAUUUCCAAUAAACAGAACCCAGUGAAGAAGCAGGGCUAGAGUGACACAGGGCACACAAACAGGAACGCCGGAGAUUCCCCCCCACCAAACGGCAAUGGAAACCAUAGUAUUUGCACUUUGUACUUUAAAAUGUAAAUUCACUUUGUAGAGAUGAGGUAUUUAAACAGACUGCUGAAUCUGUGAAUGACGUUGUUUAGCUUUUUUAUGUCUCUAAAGAAAUAAUUUAACACAUACAAUGUAUGUGUCCUUCAUGUCUAAAGGUUAUGCUUUUCUGAGUUGUACAAGUUUUCAUGUAUUUUCGUUGCAUUUUAUGUUUUUGUUCUUUAAUUGUUGGUAUUUUAUAGCUGAUGUACGGAUAGUUCGUUAAAGCAAUUAAUUAGAGCCUUUGUAUCUUUUAUGUACUGAACUAGCAACCAAACAUUUUCAGAGCCCUGUAAAGUAGUCUUUAAGUAUCUUAAACCAGAAUUGUUGCAAAAUAAAUGUUCUUGAGAUGGAUCUGCAUAACUAGUAAUAAAUAACUGUUUUUUUUUUA